GUAAUCGCUCGGUUUCGAUAAGGUCGAUUAGUCAUACUGUAGCCAUUGAACGGAGAUGAUAGCUUUUUCAUUACCUGCUUUUUAUUACCUGCAUUGGAAAAAUGGUUCCGUGCCAUCAAAGAGGCGAAUUUAAACAAAUUGUCUGAGCUGCAUUUUGUCUUAAUGGUUUAAUCUCCAUUUGGAAUGUAUAAUGAGAGUGUCUUGAGUUUAUAAACAUUGGCGCCGUAUCAAGUAUGACAUAUGGGCUAGAUAAAGAUUUGAUGUUGCAGUAUUGAAAAAGAUUCAAGGGUCAAGUGAGUGUAUUUAUUGUUGGAACUUUGGACUGUCGUUUUGUACUGGGGCUGACGUGAAGGCACGUCGUCGUCCCUCACAUUUUAAAGACACCACGCAAACAGGGGAACACCAUGUUCAGGAUUGCUCUUUUGGUCACGCUGAUAUUUGGCAUUGCUGCCAAGCCAUAUAAGCCAUGGAAUAAACUUGGCGAAAACGCCUUCCAGGAGACAGCCAGGUCAGAAGUCGGAAAUAUGCUUUUGAGUGUGGAAGUAGAGCCUCCGGAGGAAAUGGAUCAAACUGACGAUGACAUUGACCCCAAAAUGAAGAUCUGGGAGGAUGUAGCCGCUACAGGAAAGGAAAAACGGGGCCUGGUGGCAGAAGUGGACUUACUGUAGAUGUUGCUCAUCAUCCUUCUAUAAAGAAGUUUCCGGCUGAAUAUGAAGAAGUGGAGCAGGACUGGGAUGCCGCCUACCACAAUGCCCGAGUGCAACUAGAUGAAUAUCUUGCCCCACUCACCGCUGAAUACAAAAUGGCUCGACUUGCACAACGCCUUGAACAGGCGAGAGAUCACCUGGAGCCUGAAGAAGACAUGGAUGACUUGCACCACCCUGACAUGCAAAGCUGGUUGCCAAGUUACCAAGAUGAUGACAGCGCCGCUGCUCCUGUUGAAUGGCAGCCAGAAAGGAAUUAUGAUGAACCGGAGGAAGAUCUGGAUGAUCUCUACCACCACUGAUCAGUCACAGCAACAUAUAGAAAUGCAUGUUUGAAGAUCACCACAAUGUAUUCCACUGGAGAUCCUCAAGUUGUUGAUAAGAUGUAUUGUGUACUGUAAAUUGUUCAACGAAGCAGUUGUAAUAAUUAAGUUUGUAACCCUUUCUAUGACUAAUGUAUUUUGGGUUAUUAAACGGAAUUAUUGACAGUCUUAAAGACAAAGUCAAACCCCAAAUUUUCUUUACAACAUGUUCUAUGCGCCUUCACUAGUCUGUACACGGCAUUCUGAUUCAUAUUGCGUUUGUGAAAUUUGAGUGAAGCAGCUAAAUCCACCCGUUUUUGCCACAUUCUGUCAACUGAAAAUGACAUCGGAGUUACUCACCUGAGGAACUGUGAUGUCAUUUUCAGCUGACGGCAAGUGGCAAAAUGGCUGCCCCCUGAGAUGGUGAAAUUUUUUUUUGCAUACUUACUUUUAAGUAUGUAUUUAACUUCGUGUCAUGUUUAAAGUAGUUGAGGUUCCUUGAACAUAUUUUUGUAAAAAAAUUUAGGGUGUUGACUCCCCUUUAAUGUUGCUACUGAAAUUAUGAGAAAAGUGUUGUAAAGGUACUAGAAGUUGUAGUAUUGCUUGAAAAAGAUGUAAUUAUACCUGUGAUAAUUACUGAUUA